AUGGCGGAGAGGUUCUUCUCCGGCACGUCCACCGCCGCACCUCCGUUCGACGAUGCCGGCAUCCUCCUCCUCUCGGGCCCUCCGUGCUGCGGGAAGACCUCGCUCCUUUUCCAGUUCGCGAUAAACCGUGCGGCGGAGAGCGGCCGGCACGUGGUGUUCAUUUGCAGCAAGGGGAGGUUGGAGAACAGCCCCCCCUUCUUGUCCCAGGGUGUUGAGCCAUCCCUGAGCGUGCUUCAGAGAAUACAAAUCAAAUACAUUGAAGACGAUGAGGGAAUCAGGAAGUACUUUGCUGCAUUUCACCUGCUUGACGACUUUCCUGCUGCAGUCAUUGUCGAUGAUUUUACCGGUUUCUUUUCGGAGAGCUGUAAUAGGAGCUGCCAGUUAAGAUAUGGAAAUACUAGGGCUCGUGAUCUAGCAUUGGUUCGCAUAUUAGCUUUGUGUCAAAAUGCUAUUUCGCAUGCAAAUGCAAAGCUUGGAACCAUUGGAUCUUGCAACCUCUUGCUCUCUGAUGUACAUCAAGGUGACAACCCAAGGUCCCUGUUCAUCUACAAGAGAUGGAUAGGUUCCAUAUAUACAAUCCAAGGUGACGGCUUAGGUUCAUAUCUACUCAAGAACAUUAGCACUCCACAAAGUGGAACCAAGGAAGCAAGAGCAGCUAAAUACUCAAUAGCUUUACAGUACCUUGUUCUUGAGGAAAUCAAAGAAUAA